AUGAUAUCACAACACUCUUCUCAAAAACCACCACAAGGAUCUUCAGAUACAACCAUGGAUGAUAUGAUUUCUCCAUCCACUCCCGAAGAUUUUGAUCAAAACAACAUGAAUGGACGAUCAAAUGCCACUUGUCAAAAUUUUGAUUCCGUUGAUCAAAAUUCUUCCAAGCCUUCCUCGGGUCGUAAAACAUCAUCCUCAAAAUCCACCAAAGCAUCAUCCUUUGAUCCUUCCACCUACAUGAUCAUCUAUUCAGAAGCCAUGAAAUGCAAAGAUUUUCGAAAAACAUUUUGUGAUUUUCUCAAAUUAUGUCGCCACGAAGAAUCCAUUGAAUUUCUCAAUCUCGUCGAACAAUACAAAUCAGACUACGACAAGAGUAUCAAGGAAAUGGGAGGAUGGAUGAAUAAUCUAUCUUCUGGUGGUAAUAAUAAUUUGAUGAACACCAAUAAUCAUCAAAAUUUAUUUUUGACAUCCUUGAAUUCGGUGUCGACUGAAAACAACUCUUCACCAACCACCACAACCUCUCCUCAUCAUUAUGGAAAACAAGCUUCUUCAUCAUCCUCUGUUUCGACCAUGUCGUGUGUCAUCAUUGAAGGAGUGAGAAAGACCUCGAAUGCCAUCACGCCACUGGUGGUGUUGAAUAACCAUUCGACAUUACGUCCCACGAGUGGUAUGGAAAAUAAUAAUCAAAAUAAUACCGACGUGAACGCUUCAUCUCCAACGAAUGAAAAGAUUACACUGGACCAGUUGUUAAUCCAACAACAACAACAACAACAUUCGUCUUUGACUUUUAUGGAAAGUACAGAAGUUCCGUCACCACAGCAACAACAACUGACCACGUCAAGUAGCCAAAACUCCUUCUCGGGAGUGUCAGCUUCUUCUCCUCAGUCAGCAUCGUCUCCAUUAUCCUUUCAAAUUUUUUCUCAAGCUUCCUUAAGAAAUGGUUCGAAUGUAAAAUUGGCGCGAAAGAAUGUGAAAUUAUUAUUUGAUAGUGCCAAAACUAUUGUUGAAAAUUACAUUCACAUUGGGUGUGACAAGGAAUUGAAUUUGGGAGCUACUCAAAGAAGUAUCCUUCACUAUUGGAAUGAAGUGUUCGAACAUGUCGAACAUUUUUCAAGUUUGGGAGGAUAUAGUGACACUUCGUCAUCGAAUUCUGAUGGUUCUUCUUCGACCUCGGCAUCGAAUGGGAAUGGCAAUUCCAAUCGAACCUCAAGUCCAGUCACUUCUCCUUCUUCGAUUCAUUUCAUGAAUGCUCCAAGAAAAGAAAGUUAUUUUCAUACCAUGUGUAAUUUAGUUUUCACACAACUCGAUCCAGAAAAAUUAUUUGGACAAGCUCUCUUCAACGUGAACUUGGAUUUAAAGUUGGAUCAAUUUCCUAGAUUUGUAAGAAGUGACCAGUUGAUGAAGUUUCUCAAAGAAAAAGGUGAAAGCUACACUCGAUCCAUUGCUGUCGACAUUUCCAAAGGAUUCAAAGGAGAUAUGAGAUGGAAACCCAAUGAUCUCAAAGAUCGAAUCAUUACCGAUGAUUACAUUUAUUUUGGAUUCAAUGUGGCAGAUGACACUCCUGAUUGGGAAUUAAUUUAUAACACAACUUCGCCUUAUCUAUGCCAUGCGUACAUUUCCAAAACUCCCUACGUCUUUGGUUCUGAAAAUAUGAAAGGGAUGAAACUGGCCAAGAUGGUACUCCAUAUUCCCUUCUCAUUGGAUGUUGUGUGGAAUUGUUAUUGUAAUACUGAAUUUGCCAAAAAAUUUGACAAGAUGGCAAAUACCAAACAACAUAUUCUCUCUCGACACAUUCCUCCAGCAAAACAACCUCCCUAUUCAGUUGAAAAUCCACCCUAUGCACUACAAUUUGCCUCCAAUGCAUUGGAUCUCUUAUUCAUGUUAAAAACACGACAAAUGUCUUAUUCAUAUACUGCCAUUUACGAUCCUCUCAUUGACAUGUACAUGUUUUUAGCCCACUCAGCAGAAUUUGAACAACAAGAUAACAUUCCUCAAGAUAUUGGUGUACAGGCUCAUGGUCUCGUGUAUUACAUGUUUUAUAGAGUGAGUGAAAAAUUAACUCGAAUUGUUCACAUUAUUUAUAGUGAUUUAAAUUUACCAAUCUCUUCGGAUACAGUUAUGAAAUUAAUUUGGAAGAAACGAGUGAAGGAACAUCAAAAGGGAUUUGCCGAUAUUUUGAAGGAAAUGACCUCGUGUAAAAAUGGAUCCAUGAUUUCAAUGGAUCAAUUGACUAAAAUGGAGGAUGGACAUAAUACCAAAUUGUGUGUGGAGGAGAAUCGACAAGUGUAUGGAAAUAGAUCUUGGUAUCAGGAAUGGAUGAAUUUGAAGAAGGAAAAACUUCAACAUUUUUAA